GCUUCUUUGCCAAGCUAGAGGCUUUGGUAACAUAUGCGUCCACAGUGCCUCUCUCACUCCGUCCCCAGCUUGUGUGACAGGAUCUGGUGCGGGUGGGACGCCUCUAGAGCAGUCCCCGGGAUUUUGACAGAUCAUUUACUGUUCUGUGCUCUGUUUUUCCCCUUUUGGAUUGGAUUGCCUGCAGAGGGAACGGUUGUUCUUAUGUAUCUCGCGGGGGACCAGCGCAGAGAAUGAAGUUAAGUCUUAUGUAUCAAUGAAUGAACUCCUCUGACUCACAAGCAUGGAGAGGAAUCGGAAUCUUGUCUCUGCCUCUGUUCACCAGAAGUCAGAAUGGAACCCAUUGCAAAUUAACAGCAAAUAUGAUUACAUUACAGCCCUUCGUCUUCGGCAGGACAUAGUUGUGAACUGAGAGUGGGAAGAGUGCAACUUCUGUCACUUCCUCUGCGAUGAACUCCGAGAUGGUUGUCUGCUGUGGCGCGACGAGGAUGAGGUCAUCGAUGUGGAGCCCAGGAUUGGCUCUCCUGACGGGUGUGGUCGUCAGUGUCUGUGCCUUUCACCUCACCACUGCCAUUGACAUCCCACUGGAGGUUUUAGGUCAUGUAAACAUUGAGCAGCUGCCCACCAUCACAGAGGCCUCCCCCAGCUCUCUGAUCGCCUUCCCCUUCGAUGAGAGCUUCCCCAUGACGUGUGAAGCCAAAGGGAACCCCAAGCCAGAAUACCGGUGGACAAAAAAUGGGGAAGAGUUUGACCCCUACCAGGACCCGAGGCUGAUCAAGGAGGACAACUCUGGGACGUUUGUGAUCCCCAACACUGGGAAUCUCACAGAGUACCAGGGAACGUACCGCUGUUACGCCGAGAACGAAUUAGGGACGGCCAUAACGGAGGAGGUUGAGUUUGUUGUGCCCCACGUUCCUAAGUUUCCCAAGGAGAAGAUUGAUCCCAUCAAGGUGGAGGAGGGUCAGCCUGUCAUUUUGGAGUGUAACCCUCCUAAAGGAAUCCCUCCUUUACAGAUCUACUGGAUGACCAUCGACCUUCAGCACAUAGAGCAGGAUGAGAGGGUGUCCAUGGGUCUGAACGGUGACCUGUUCUUCUCUAAUGCUCUGGAGAAGGACAGCCGCAGAGACUACUGUUGCUUCGCUGCCUUCCCCAGGAUACGCACCAUCGUCCAGAAGAAUGCCAUGUCUGUCAUAGUCAAGAGCAAAAAUUCAAACCGUGACUCAAGUAGCAGUCCUGGUCGUGCCAAUUCAAUCCUGGAGAGAAAACCAAGCCUUCUGAUGCCCUCUGGUGUCAAGUCGGAGACACAGCUGGUGAAAGGUGACGAGCUACUACUGGAGUGCAUUGCCGAGGGCUUUCCAACACCCAAGAUUGAAUGGGUAAGGAUGGGCCGCAGGCUGCCCGACAGAGCGACGAUAGAGAACCAUGGGAAACUCCUGAGCAUCGACCGGGUCAAUGAGGACGACAGUGGGAAAUACAUGUGUAAGGCUAAGAACAUCCACGGAGAGGCCAACCACUCCUUUGAUGUAUCAGUGGAAGAGCCUCCUAAGUGGGUAUCUGAGCCUGAGAGCCAGCUUAGUACGAUUGGCUCAGACGUGCAUAUCAAGUGCUCUGCCACUGGCACUCCUCAGCCCACCAUCCAAUGGAGAGUGAAUGGAAAACCUCUGAAGGAGGUCCCAGCAUCUAACAGAAAAGUGUUGGACGACACCAUUGUCUUGCACAACGCCAAAUCGAUUGACAGUGCCGUCUAUCAAUGUGAGGCUUCCAACAGACAUGGAACCCUACUGGCCAAUGCCAAUAUCAUGAUCAUGAAUCUGCCUCCUAUGGUCCUGACAGAGGAAGGUCUGGAGUAUUCAGCUGUGGAGGGAAAGAGUGUAGUCAUGCACUGCAAGGUGUUCAGCUCUCCGCCCUCUAUUGUAACCUGGAACAAGGAUGACUCAACAGGGUCUGUGGAGGGACUAAGGUUUACAGUUCACCAGAAUGGAUCUUUGGAGAUCCAUAAUGUGGAGAAAGAGGACAUGGGCCAAUACACAUGUUACACCAAGAAUACUGAAGGGAAGUCUGCUAUAACUGCCUUACUGGAUGUUAAAGAUCCCACAAAGAUAUUCCAGGCCCCAGAGGACUUGCAGGUCCUAAUAGGAACCACAGCCCAGCUCUCCUGCCUGGCGGUGUACGACAACUCCUUCAGUGGCGACUUUGAGAUCGUGUGGGAGAAAGACGAUAUGGAGAUAGCACUAAACCACACUGAGAAUUCUGGAUAUUUCUUAGAGGAUGGCAUACUGCAGAUUGUCAACGUCAGCCACAGAGACCAUGGCAUGUACAAGUGUGUGGCCAGAACUCCAGUGGACCAGGACACUGCCUCUGCACUACUCAUAGUGCUGGAUGUCCCCGAUGCACCUGAGAACUUGGUGCUGUCUGAACACAAGGGCAGAAGUGUGAAGCUCAAAUGGAUCCCUGGGGAUGACCACAACAGCUCAACCACUGACUUCAUUAUUGAGUAUGAGGAGAGCCAGUGGGAGCCAGGGAACUGGAACGAGCUUCAGAGAGUUCCAGGAAAUCACGGUUCGGCAGUCCUCAAACUUUAUGGACAUGUCGACUAUCGCUUUCGAGUGUCUGGAGUCAACGCGGUGGGUAGGGGGCGUCCCAGUGAGCCCACAGAAAGAUACAAGACCCCUCCUGCAGCCCCUGACAAGAACCCUGAAAAUAUUAAAAUCGAAGGUCAUUUGGCACAUGAAAUGGAUAUCAACUGGGAGCCAUUGUCCCCCAUUGAACACAAUGGGCCAGGCCUUGAAUAUAAGGUGAGCUAUAAACGGCAGGAUGUGGAGGAGGACUGGCACGAGCAUGUGGUGAAAAGACACUCGUUUGUGGUGAAGGGCACUCCCACGUUUGUGCCAUAUGAGGUCAGGAUCCAGGCGAGGAACUACCAGGGAUGGGGACCUGAACCCAAAGUGAUGACUGGCUACUCUGGAGAGGACUCUCUCUUUUGGAUUUGCCCUCGGGAUGUAACCUCAGUCCCCUCCGCGGCCCCUGAUGAUGUGGCGGUGGAGGUGAUGAACAACUCGCUGGUCAAGGUCAACUGGACGCGCGUUCACAAGGAAAAGCUGCAUGGACAUCUGGGAGGCUACAGGAUAAACUGGUGGCGGCUGCGUAGUCUGCUGGACUCAAAGAAGACUCACGGGAACAAACACACACUGACAUUCCCGGGGGACAGGAACCAUGCCAUGAUACCAGGGCUCGCGCCCUUCUCUGAGUACAGCCUCAUCGUCAUGACCUUCAACGGGCGAGGCAACGGGCCAGGCAGCCACGCCGUCAACUUCAAAACUCCCGAGGGAGUUCCAGAGGAAAACCCUGUUUUCAGGGUCACAGAUGUUCAGAAGCACACCGUCGCUCUCACCUGGGAACCUCCUCUGGUUGCCAAUGGAGUCGUCACAGGAUACCGGCUAGAGUAUCAGCUAAUCAACGACACAGAGGAGGUGGGUGUCCUGCAGUCGAUGGACAUCAGCAGCCCGGACACCACCUCGUGUGUCCUGCGGAACCUCGAGGCCGUCAGCAGGUACAAGUUCUACCUGCGCUCCUGCACCAGGGUGGGCUGUGGGCCCCAGGUCAGCGAGGAGAGCACCACCACACCUGUAGCGCGCCAGUCUGCCUCCCCCUCACCUCCAAGCACUGCAGUCUCCCACGUGUCCAAUGCCACCCAUUCCAACAUAGUCCCAGCCCUGUUGAAUAUUAGUUCCUCAGUUAGUGACAACUUUGCAAAUAUCAGCUGGAUUCCGGGAAGCGAACAAACCGAUUCAGAGUUUUAUGUUGCAUAUGUGAACAACCGUAAAGGUAACUGGAAGAUCUCUGAGGCAGUAAACACCUCUAAGACUUUCCACAUCAUUGAGGGGCUGGAGCCUGGGACUGCGUACACUGUGCGCCUUAUGACUAACAACUGGGUUGAUAAUUCUAGUAUUUUUGAAGAUGUAAUCAGGACCAGGGAUAAAGGUCUGGCAAGCAUCCACGGAGGAAUCUCCACCCAGGGCUGGUUCAUCGGGCUGAUGUGUGCCGUGGCUGUCCUCACACUCAUUGUGUUAAUCGCCUGCUUUGUCAACAGAAAUAAAGGAGGGAAAUAUGCUGUAAAGGAGAAAGAGGACCUCCACCCAGACCUUGAAUCCCAGGGUAUGCAUGAUGACACCUUCUGUGAAUACAGUGACAACGAUGAGAAGCCACUGAAGGGCAGCCAGCACUCUCUGAGCGGACAGAUCAAAGCAGAGGACAGUGGGGACAGCCUGGUGGACUAUGGGGAUGAGGACGCCCAGUUCAACGAGGAUGGCUCCUUUAUCGGCGAGUACGCUGGACGCAAGGACAAAAGGGCGUCCAUGGAAGUCAAAGGAACCACCAAUCAGAGCAAAGCGUAAGAGAAAGGAAAAGGGGCCAUCAUCCAUCCUUAGGACAACACUUUCAUCAGACUGGUGGAGGGGCGGGGGGCGGGGGGGGGGACUUAAUAAAGGAAGUACAUGACAUCCAUACCAAGCAGAAUCUCAUGUGAAAUGUAAUUUGUCAUUGUCAGCUACACUGCCAUCUUCAUUUUAUAAAGCUUGUCCUUUUAUCAAACUGUAACAGAAUGCGUCAUUUCGAAAUGUAUAUAUUAUUGUAUGUGUGGAGGUGUUUUAUAUUACCGCAAUUCAGUGAAAACCUUUGAGGCUUUUGCAUUUUUUUGUCAAAUGCAACAACUGUUUGUAAUCCACUGAAAUAUAAAAGGAAGAAAAUAAGAACUCCAGUCCACAUUGCUCCUUGUGUUAUACUGCCAGGUCUUUUAGCAAACAACACGUGUAUGUGAGCAUAUGAUGUCUGUCUUGAUCAGUUGAAGCAAAUAUUAUUGACAUUUUAUAUUUGAAAUGCAUUCAUUAAAUAUGAUUUUAAUAUGUGUACAAAAGCUGUUUAUUAACUUAUUUCCUGGUUUUAUACAUGACAAAAUAAUACAAAAUGGAUGCCUCAGUUUUAUCACAUGAUGAAAUACACAAAAGACCCAAGGCAGGUGGGUCGUUCCACUUAUUAGGUGCCUUUUGAGUAGUGUAAUUUGGUAAACAUAUAUUUUUUUACCUCAUUUUAAUAUUCUGUCAUAAAGACCAAAUGUUCAACUUAAUAAAAAAACACUUUUUCCCA